CCAUUGGCUACACUCAUGCACACCAUCCCUUCAUAUACCACUCUUCUUAUUGUUUAUUCUCUCACGAUUAUAUUUCUGGGGUUUAUGGGAUACCUACUAUAACUGGUGAUAAGCCACUUUACAAAGUAGUACUUUUUUCAUUCCACAUAUUGCUACACUGAAUAUGUAGUGCCCUUUUCUUUGCUUUCCUAGGCUGGGAAGUGUAUUAAAAUUCCAGGAGCAAGGCAGUAGCCCAGAGAGUCGUGUGAUUAAGGACCUCUUUUGAAAAGAAGCAGAAUAGAAUCCAUGUUUAAUGUAGUAACCCUCCCAAAGCAAAAGGCCCCAAAAAGUUUACUUGGCUAGCAGGCGGGGGGCAGGCACCUCAUUAGCCGAGUGGUAGAGGAGCGGCUCCCCUCUGGCUGGUUUAAUCCCCGGCGUCAGAAAUGUUUUUUCCCUUUUCUGAAUCUGGAUCAGUUUCUCAUGUGCUUGGUGAUCCGCAUAUAUCGUUUGGAUGUUUGGGAAAGUGGAAUUCAGGAGCAUUAGGCUACAUGUUGUAGGAAUAAGCUAGAAUUAAGAUUAACUCUAUGCAAUCUGAGCUAAAUUAUAGAGUAGCAUUGUGAAGGUAUAAAUAUUAAUCUAAAUAGAACUGACAGUACUUUACAGGGUGCUGCUACAGCGUCUGGUCUACUCGGCCAUUUACACUUUAAUGUGCGGCCAACCACCAUAUUUACAGUUCAGCGUGCAAUCUACUUCAACUACAGGAACCUUAUACUGCAGGAUGAUGGAAAAACAAGUUAAUUAUUGCUGAAUAAUGAUUUUGAGAACAGCGAAGUGCAGGCCAGAAUUCCCCACCUGCCACGCUUUAGUUUUUCUUGUGUGGCACCAUGACAUCACUGACAAGGUCUGCUUCUUGUGGUGUGUCCAGAUUAUUUUCUCAUAGAAAUGCAACUGCUGACCCACUGUCAAAAUGACAUGUCUGUAGAAAUCUUUUCACAACAUUGCAGGGAGCAGAAUGAAUUAUACUGAUGUUAUCAGCUUCAGGUGACAAGACGACAUAAGCUGAGGUCUCCGGAGACAGGUCGAGUCAUUACAUAGCCUUAGACCAUGGUGACUGUGGUCAGGUCAAUACUCAACUCACUCAGGUAACAAUAGUACAACAUCAGAUGAGGUCUCCAGAGACAGGUCAGGUUGUUGCAUAGCUUAGACUACAGUGACUGUGGUCAGGUCAUUACUCAGCUCAGGAGCACCCAGGUAACAAUACAUACACAUUAUAUGAAGGCUCGGGAAACAUUAUUACAGGUCAUUAUGUAGCUAAACUGCAGAUACUGGGAUAGUAGACUACUAAUACUGUGGUAGGCCGCAUGCUAAAGUAGCACCCUUUUGUAUAUCGGUAAACUUGGUGAACUAUUUCUUUGUGUAGUGCAGCGACUUGCCUGAUGGGCGAGCCUUCCUUAACCCAGGCAGCCAGGGGGGUAUCUCUUUGGCUGACUGGUAAAGGAGUGGCUCUCCCGUCUCGCUGGUCGCAGUUCGAUCCCCGGCGCCGGCAAAUCUUAUUACCUUGUCUGCAUUAAUUUCUCUUGUGUUUCGUUACACGCUACGGUUGUGUUGGAGCGUAGUAAAGAGAAAAUUCUGGCAUUUCAUUGGGGGUUUCCGUGGCCCAGUGGUUAGCGUCUCCGCCUCACGUGCCGGCGAGAUGCUGGAGCGUAUAGGUUCGAGUCCUAACCGCUGCCUUUGGGAGUGGAAAGGUUGGGCUCUCCAUCACCCCAGCCAGGCCCCAUUGUUGGGCCUCCACGUGAAGGACUGAGCAUCUCUCUACAGUCUGGGUGGUUGCUCGGUAUGCACCGCCUUCCUCUCUUGGGCUAUAUCCCCAACGAAAUACCCCCCCCCCCCCACUACAACUAUUUCUAUCCCACAAGUUAUCAAUAAAAUUAAGUUUUUCGUUGAAUGGUGGUACUACAUAUAUGGGAUUCAUUUUGUGUAACUGCCUUUGUUAGACUGAAUACAUCCCGCGGCAAUGGCAGCUUAGGGGGAAGGAGGAGGAGCAGUCAGGGAUGACCAAGGCAUUGACCUUCGACAAUCUCAUCUUCGGCAAAAGUCCGCUGUGAGUUGCCUUGUGUUUCCUAGGAGGUGGUAUUGAAUAAACAAACAAAGUAUGAAAUAAGGUCAAUAAAAGGAUUUAAUUAUUUAAUAUAAAUCCGCCUCGUCAACGGCGCCAUGUUUACCGUGGCGGUGUUGCGAGAAAUACCUCCCCGCGGAAAUAAGUCGCUCUGAUACAGGAAAAUUUAUUAAUUCUCUUAUUCUGUUCUCCUUUGUCCACCUGUGCUCUUCAUAAUGGUUGAUAUUCCAGAUGUGAUAACAACUCACCAAAUCAAUGGACCAAAUAGGCAGGAACUGAGUAACCAUCAACGUGGGAUAAUUCCUUAUAAAAUCUGCCCUAUGCGCUUGUUAUUAAGCCUUCUCUUGAUUAAAAGUAUUUCUCUGAUGUUUGUGCCGUGUAUUGGAGCCGGAAAAGGACAAGUAAACGAUAGCGGUGAGUGAAAUAUAGAAUAAGUAAUCUCGUUGAACCUCUCCCUGCGAGUUAUUUUACGGCUGCGAGCUGAUUCUUACUACAGCCGCGCAACGUUGCCAGAUUGUCGUACUCUGCCUCUUAUGUUUGCCGAUUUCCGACCCAAACACUGCUUUCAUCACCCAAAUAACUGCAUUCAUAUAUGUCUGUCGUUUAAAUGGUUAAUUAUUGGUGCUUCUUGGCAACAGUUAUGGGCCAGAAACAGCUAAAUACAUGGCUCUGAGUACGAUAAUCUGGCAAUGGUGCUACAGCGGUGCGGCGGCGGCGGUGGCGGGCACUGCGAGGCUGUGGACGACCCGGAUACUGUGUGCAGGAGGCCGCGCUGACCACAGGAGGGACACGGGCUGACGAGGCACUAGCGGGGACGCAGCACACCCACCAUGGCGCCGGCAAGGUCCAGGAAGAGAGGAAGAACCAGUGCAAGUAAGGAGGGCAAGUCAAAGGAUGAAAUCAAAGCAGAGAUUACAGAACAAGAACCAGAAAAAACACCAUCCAGUCAAAGUGACGACCAAGAAGAUGAAGAAAUUAGUGUGAAAACUAAGGGCAAAGGGAAGAAGCCAACCAAAAGAGGAAAGGUGAAAGAAGAAAUCAUAGAACAAGAACCAGAAAAAACACCAUCCAGCCAAAGUGAUGACCAAGAAGAUGAAGAAAUUAGUGUGAAAACUAAGGGCAAAGGGAAGAAGCCAACCAAAAGAGGAAAGGUGAAAGAAGAGAUGACUGACAGUGAUGAAGUGCAAGAGGAAGAGGACAAAGAGGGCACCUGCCAAACCUAAGGGUAGCCAGAGGGCAGCAAGAGGAAAAAAGUCAAUGAAGGGGAGCUCUACAGAACCAAGUGAAGAUGAAGAAAUAGAAGUCAAGCAAGUGAAGAAAAAAGUUGCGAGUCCCAGGAAGAAAAAUAAGAAAGGAGAGGAUACACCUGUUCCUUGCCCCAUCAAGUAUGAGAGCCUUGGGGACGGGCCGCCUCCUGUGCCCUCCACUGGACGCAAGUACAGUCGCGAUAUGAAGUGAUGUCGCCGCUCUCAAAAUGUUUCGUACGGGAGCAUUUGAAGGUGGAAUAUGGAAUGCUUGUGAAAAUGCUGAGGAGUGCAGUUCAAAGUCUUUUGCCAUUUUCCUUCGCAACCAACGGCAGUGGAACGCUAAGCCCCUGGACGAGGAGACUGUUGAGAAGUGGAAGGAGAUUAUAAAGGACUUUCCUCCACACUUGAUCCUGCCUCAUGGGUCCUACCUGAUGAACCUGGGCUCCCCCGUACCCGAGACGCUGGAGAAGAGUCGUGCCAUGCUGGUGGACGAGCUGCAGCGUUGCCAGCGUCUUGGCAUCCCGCACUACAACUUCCACCCAGGUUCCACCACAGGCAAGAUCAGCCGCGAGGAGUGUUGCAAGGUGAUUGCCGAGAGCAUCAACCUGGCCCACAGUCAGACCAAGGGUGUGAUUUGUGUGCUGGAGGACAUGAGCUGCCAAGGCUUCACCAUUGGGGGCGACCUUCAUGAGCUGAGGCUGAUCAUUGAGCACGUGAAGGACAAGUCUCGCGUGGGUGUCUGUCUGGACUGCCACUCACACGCUGCAGGGUAUGAUCUCUCCCUGGAGGAAGGGUUUGAAGAGUUGCUGGAAGAUUUUGAGAAGAUCAUUGGAUGGCAGUUUCUUCGAGGACUUGAUAUAAAUGACUCCAAAGGCCAAGUUGGCGACCACCUGGACCACCAUGAGAACAUUGGCAAGGGAACCAUUGGUGUGGAGGGCUUCUUCCGGGUGAUGAACUGCGACCACUUCAACGACCUGCCCCUCAUCCUGGAGACCCCCUGGACCAGCAAUGCAGGUUAUGCCAACGAGGUCAAGGCGCUGACGUCAUUGAUUUUAAUUGAGAAAUAGUCGUUUGCAUCAACAUUGUCUCCUGAAGCUGAUGGAGGAAAGGCAUGACCUGAGGCAAGUAAGGCUGACUUGUAGGUAGCAGUAGGACAGUAGUUUGUGUUGCUGUGAGGCAGGUUAUUGGCAGUGAAAUCAAUUAACUGUUUCUGUUGACAAUAAAAUUGGUUGGAUGAAGGAAUCUUAGUAGUGCUGCAAUACUCACAUGGAUGUGUGUAGUUCAUGUUAGAUAAGUGAGAUGUAUGGAAUUCUGUGUUUCAUAUUGGAGAAAUCUGUGUAAUUUAAAGACAGAAAUAGAUAGGAUAUAAAGUGUGGGCCUUGAAAUUUGUCAAACCAGUUACAGUGGCAUAAGUGCCAUAU